AUGUCGUCGAUACGGUUCGCUACACGGUUUAUAAAUCGUAACCCGCGUAACCUCGAAAUGCUUGGGUUACAAAAACCACAUGUAGGCUACGAAUUUGAAGUGGACAAAGAGAAACGUAGCUUCAUUUAUAAAGUUGAACUUGUACAGUCAAGCGCUCACCAGAUAGCUCGGUUAUUACACUAUAGAGAUGGUGUUGUUAUUGAAGCAUCUACUAAGGAAAAAGCGAUCUCAAACCAAUUGUACAGUAAUACGGAUACGUGCGCAGCAAUGAAUCUUGGUUGCAUUCUUGCUACUCGGUGUCUCCAAGCAGGUAUUCAUUUCGCUUUACCUGCUGCGACUCAGGAGCAGAUCGAGAAGAGCAAGCAUCAAAAGGAAUUCUUCAAAGCUUUGGAGGCCGAAGGUUUGCAAUUGCAAGAACCGACGGCGAUUGACCAAACCUAUGAGACGGACCGGUCAAUGGUGUGGGAGCGGUAUCCGACGAAGGCAAGUCGGCAAGAUAAGCUUGAUGAGCUGUAA